AACAAGAUCUGACCCUGUGAUAUCCAAGGAUGACAGGCGGGUUUAAAGGGUUGAUUCUUCUGUCUCUCUGUCUGGUGGUGUGGACAGUGCCAAUAGAUCGCAAACAAGACCCCCCUCAGGAGGAAAAACCAGAAGAGAAUGCGGACACUGGUCUUUACUAUGACCGUUACCUCAGAGAGGUAAUCGAGGUGUUGGAAACAGACCCUCACUUUAGAGAAAAACUCCAGACGGCCAACACAGAAGACAUCAAGAACGGACGCCUCAGUAAGGAGUUGGAUUUGGUGGGCCAUCAUGUGAGGACUCGACUGGAUGAGCUGAAGAGGCAAGAGGUCUCGCGUCUCAGGAUGUUGCUGAAGGCAAAAUUGGACAGCACCAAUGUGCAGAGUGUUCAGAUGGAUCACGCCUCUUUGUUGAAACAGUUUGAACAUCUGGAUCCUCAUAAUCAGAACACAUUUGAGGCCAAAGACCUGGAGCUGCUUAUCGCCACAGCCACUAAAGAUCUUGAGAAUUACGAUGCAGAGCGCCAUGAGGAGUUUAAGCGGUAUGAGAUGCUGAAAGAACAUGAGAGGAGGGAGUACCUGAAGAGUUUGGACCAGGAGAAGAGGGAGAAGGAGGAGAAGCGAAUCGAAGACCUGAAAGAAAAGCACCGGAAACAUCCGAAAGUUAACGCUCCGGGUAGCGUGGAUCAGUUACGGGAGGUCUGGGAAGAGACAGAUGGGCUGGAUCCACAGGAGUUCAAUCCCAAGACUUUCUUUAAGCUCCACGAUUCAAAUGGCGACGGUGUGUUGGAUGAGCAAGAGCUGGAGGCCCUCUUCACAAAAGAGCUGGAGAAAGUGUAUGAUCCCAAGAAUGAAGAGGAUGACAUGAUGGAGAUGGAGGAGGAAAGGCUGAGGAUGCGAGAACAUGUCAUGCAAAACGUAGAUAUCAAUCAUGAUAGGCUGGUCAGCCUGGAAGAGUUCCUCAAAUCUACAGAGAAGAAAGAGUUUAAUGACCAAAAGGAAUGGGAGACACUGGAUGAUACAAAGCCAGUGUACACGGAAGAGGAGCUGCAGCGCUUUGAGGUAGAACUUCGGGAUAAGGAGGUGGAGCUUGGCAGAAGGGCAGAGAAAUUACAACAGGAGCAGGAACUUCUCAAAGAGAGAAGCAAAGCUCUAGAAGCACAGAAACGAGAAUAUCAGCAGGCAGUAAUGGAGAUGUCACAAAAACAAAAGGAGCAACAGGCAGUGAAUAGACAGCCUCCCUCAGGUCCUAAUGGAGAGCUCCAGUUUCAAAAAGAGAUCCAGAAACUAGCAAAUGAAGACAGUCAAGUGGUGAAAGUCCCAGUCGAUCAGAAUGGAGAUGUUAAGAAUAACCUGCCAGCUGAGCCACCACAGAAUCUGCCUCAGCAUACCUCCUAACACACACACACACACCCGUAACUGAUUUGAACUUAUAUAGAACUUGCCUUUUAAUUGUACAUUGCACAUAGACAUACAAACCUACUGGCUUAUCCUAAUCUGAAACUCGCCAUAACAUAACCAGACCAGACCAACACAUAUGAACAGUAUACACUCCUCAAAUACAUACUAAUGGUGUUUUCUGUUUCACCCUCAACCAAAUAUGCUCAAUUCCCUAAUACACUGGCAUCAUAGAGCAUUCGCAUGUUCUCUUCUAAAGAAUGCCAUAUUCAUAUUGGAUGUGUGGUUUAGUUUGAUGGUAGUCAGGGUUUUUUCCCCCUUAAAUAUUGUUAUGGUUGCCCUGGUUUCGAAGUUUACGGCCUUGUUUGCUUUUGGUAUCUUUCUAGACUCUUUAGAAAAAAUGUGUUUUUUUUCUGUGGUUCACAUUAUGUCAGUAAAACAAGGCUUUCUGAUAUUAUGGUUUCUUACAGACUGAGAAGAGUGCAGACCUGUUAACCAAACAUAUUAAGAGACUGCAAUGUGCAAUGAAUCUGCAUUUUUGUUAAUGUAAUAUAAAAAAAUCACAAUUAUUUUAUGACAGUGUUUUAUUUCUUUCAUUUAAUAAAGAAUAUUUAAAAAAUA